AUGACUCCAUUCAUUUUUGCCUUGGCAACAAUCGCAGCAGCAACCCUGGUGUAUCGUGUGAUAAAGUUCAUAACGCGUCCUUCACUGCCUCUCCCUCCAGGCCCGAAACCCUGGCCCAUAGUCGGAAACUUUCCACACAUGGGCCCGGUGCCGCACCACUCCCUCGCCGCCUUAGCCCGCGUCCACGGCCCGCUAUUAUACCUGCGUCUCGGGUUCGUUAACGUGGUGGUGGCCGCGUCGGCGACGGUGGCCGAACAAUUCUUGAAGAUUCAUGACUCUAAUUUCAGCAGCCGGCCGCCGAACGCCGGCGCGAAAUACAUAGCUUAUAACUACCAGGACAUGGUGUUCGCCCCCUAUGGCCCGCGGUGGCGGUUGCUCCGGAAACUCACCUCCGUUCACCUCUUCUCCGGCAAGGCCUUGGAUGAAUUUAGACACCUGCGUGAGACAUUUCGACGUGAAGAGGUGGGAAGACUGACACGUAACUUGGCAAGGUCAGAAGCAAAAGCAGUGAAUUUGGGACAGAUGUUGAACGUGUGCACGACGAAUGCAUUGGCGAGGGUGUUGAUCGGACGGCGAGUGUUCAAGGAUGGGGAUGGUGGGUGCGAUCCUAGGGCUGAUGAGUUCAAGGACAUGGUGGUGGAGUUGAUGGUCUUGGCUGGGGUUUUCAACGUUGGAGACUUUAUUCCUUCCCUGGAAUGGCUUGAUCUUCAAGGAGUGCAAUCUAAGAUGAAGAAAUUGCACAAACGCUUUGAUGCCUUUUUGACCUCCAUUAUUCACGACCACGAUACCUCUUCCAUCAGUUUCUUGAGUAUUUUGUUGUCUCUUCAAAAUGUCAAGGACGAUGAUGGAAACCGUCUCACUCACACAGAGAUCAAAGCACUGCUUCUGAACAUGUUUACGGCCGGGACUGACACGUCAUCAAGCACUGUAGAAUGGGCCGUUGCAGAACUGAUUCGAAACCCAAGAAUCAUGGCCCAAGUCCAACAAGAGUUGGACGCAGUUGUGGGCCGAGACAGGAGCGUGAAAGAAGAGGACUUGGCCCAUCUCCCAUACUUACAAGCAGUGAUAAAGGAGACCUUCAGACUUCACCCAUCAACCCCUCUUUCUCUGCCACGUGUCUCUGCCGAGAGCUGCGAGAUUUUUGGGUACCACAUCCCCAAGGGUUCAACUCUCUUGGUGAAUGUUUGGGCCAUAGCCCGUGACCCAAAGGAAUGGACCGACCCAUUGGACUUCAAGCCCGAAAGGUUCCUUCCGGGUGGUGAGAAGGCCGAUGUUGAUAUUAGGGGCAAUGACUUUGAGGUUAUACCCUUCGGUGCUGGACGAAGGAUUUGCGCUGGGCUUAGCCUUGGGCUUCGAAUGGUCCAACUUCUAACUGCAACCUUGGCCCAUUCGUUUGAUUGGGGACUAGAAAGUGGGCUGAACCCAGAAAAGAUGAACAUGGAUGAAGCUUAUGGGCUAACCCUACAGCGGGCCGAGCCUCUUUCAGUGCACCCGAGGCCCAGGCUCGCGCCACAUGUGUACUCAAUGUCUCCAUGA